UCGCAAUUGCCCUUCCACCUCCGCUACCGACGCCCUGGGAAACCAACGGCGCCAAGUGACAGCGACGAGCAGGAUGGCCUUCCGCGAGGAGAUGACAAAUCACAACAUUGACAGCAGUAGCGCAACAUUCGAAGACCUUGCGAUCGAUGACACAUUGACCGACCUGGAGCGCGUCGUGCGAUACGUUCACAGCAACAUUGCGUUGCAGCGCGUGAUUCACGUGCGAUUGCUUGAGGAAACAGCAGUGGCUGCCGGCUAUGAAAAGACCGUGGACGCGAUCGUUCCCGUGCUGGAGCCAUUGGUGUCCGACGUGGAGUUCGUUGUGCGCCAGCAUCUCGCCGGGCAAUUUCCAGGUCUGUGCAAGCACUUGGUCGAGUCGGGUGGUGACACCGGAUACAAACUCGUCCUGGACAAGUUGGUCCCUCUGCUGAAUCGCUUGGUCACGGACGUCCAAGCCGAAGUGCGCCAUGUCGCAACGGACUCGCUUGUGUUGGUGGCAGGCUGUAUCAAACCAGAAGACCAAGGCCAGCACAUACUCACACUUGUGCUUCCGUUGGCACAUGAAGAUGGCGAUGAACAGAUGCGGAUUACAGCGCUCACACUCCUCAACAAACUCGCUGUGUACCUCGGACGCGAUCUGUGCUGCCAAUUUUGCGUGCCAGAGUUCAUAUCGUUGGCGGGCGACCCCGUGUUUCGUGUGCGAAAAGCGAUUGCCCUCAACUGCGUACAAGUGUGUACGACGGCGGGGCCCGAUGUCACGGAAGAACGAUUGCUGCCCGCGUUCCUUCGCCUCGCAAACGACGACAUCUGGGGCGUGCGUAAAGCAUGUGCUGAAUCGCUCAGUGACUUUGCGAAAACACUACCGUUGUCGACGCGAGCGACGGUGCUAGCGCCGCUCUUCUCGGCUUUUGCCAAAGACCAGUCCAAGUGGGUGCGCAUCGCCGCGUACCAACAGCUGGGACCAUUCAUGUCGACGUUGUCGCCGGCAACAAUCUCGGACGUCCUCGUUACCGCUUACACCAACAUGGCGACGCAGCCGGGCGUGUUGCUUUUGGGCGGCGCCGAAUCCGACAUCAAAUUCCACUGCGCGUUCAACUACCCCGCCGUGACGACGACGCUCGGGGUCCAUCAAUGGGGCAAACUCGCGGCCGGGUUUGAUGCGCUGGCCCGCGAUGGAUUUUGGAAAGUGCGGCGCACGUUGUCGUACUCUCUCCACGAGAUGGCCAAACUGCUCGGACCAGACCUCACCGAGAAGCACUUGGUGCCAGCGUUUGCCUACUUUUUGGACGACGUCGACGACGUCAAGCUCGGUUCGAUCACGCACUUUUGUGACUUCCUCGCCCGUGUCCCACCUUCUUCUCGGUCGCGGUUUCUCCCCGAACUCGCCAAGUUCACCGCGCUGCCGUCGAAAUUCAAGCUCAAGUGGCGCUUCCGCGCGCUCGUGGCGCAGCAACUGCCGUCUUUCUGCACCGUCUUCGAUGCACCUGCUACGUUUGAUGCGGUCGCGCCGCUGGUGUUUUCGCUAAGUCAGGACGACGUGGCGACUGUGCGCGACGCGAGUAUUGCGGCGAUGCCGCCGCUAUUCGCCGCCGUGAAGGAAUCGGACGAAUGGACGUGCUCUUUGUCAGAUCAGUUGCUCGCGUUGCAAGCGUCACCAAAGUACCUCACUCGCCAGACGUUCCUGCGCAUUACAAGAGCAUUUCUUCUCGCGCUCCUUCUGCCGUCGUGAGCCAGUCUUCCAGCGUGGUUCUAAUGCCGUCGUCUUGCCGCAGGGGUACGUGGAUGUGUUUGAGGCCAAGUUGAAGACAGCGUUCGUCAAGCUGGCGACGUCCGACCCCGUGUUAAAUGUACGCCUGCUCGCGGCGCGAAUAUUGCUCGACGUUGCGCCAGUGUACGCAGAGCCAGAAGAAGCGCUGCAAGCCCUGGACAAGGAGACCGAUGCCGAGAUUCAAGCGGUGGUUGCAAGACUCAAGCAAGCGCGAGAAGAACAUGCAGCGCAGUGACGUCAAUAGAGCUCGAGGGGUGGUGGAUCGUGCGCACCAGCCAUCAAGGCAGCCGGAAUUUCUUCCGUAGCGUGCGAUGGAUGCAUCGUUGGAGUCUAUAUUAUAAAUAUCCUGGCCAUGAGGAGGGCAGAGUACUCGACGCAGCACAUCCGUUUAGUUCGCCGGCUUGGCCUCUGGCGCGGGUUCGCAGAACGCAGUCUGUCCUUGAAAGAUUUCCUUGCAUAGCGCUUCCAUGGCACUGAGACCACGGGCGGCGGUCUCGGCUCCGCGGCUAACAGAGAACGAUUCGAGUUUCUGCGACACAAACGGUACAAACGCGCUCACUUCCGCGUCCUGGGUGUACAUGGUAUGCGUCAUCCCGCCGGAUUCACUAGCAGGGUGUGGUCGGUACACACACGACUCGUGCACCGUCGCCACAGACCGGUACGACAAAUUGGUCGACUUGAGGUGGAGCGUCUUGGCGACAGGGUCGCAGAUCGUUUCUUCGUACACGUACGAGUACUUGCCCAACAUGCUGACGGCCCAUGAAGGCAUGUUGUUCUGGGUGCACUUGGCCAAGCGCGCCGUAUGCAGCCGACCUUCCGCGUCCAUGUAUCGCGACAAGACAUCCACGCGUUCGACGUGGGCGAGCUUGGCGUUCGGGUACUUGUUCCAGAACGCGCGGGACACAACAUCCCACGAGUAGGGGUACACGUGCUCGGUAGUUUGAUGGAGAACCAUGACACACGCCGCGUUCCUUCGUCAACCGCCUG